AUAAAAAAAUAAAAUUAAUUAAUAUCUACUUUCAUUAUAAAUUUUUUAAAUAAUGUCUACAGAAGAAAUUGAUAAUACUUUAAAACGUGCUGCACCGAAUGAUAACAAUUCAGAUGAAGACGCUGACGAUGGCGGUUGGAUCGGUCCAUUGCCAUGUGAGCAGAUUGAAAAUAUUAAGCCGAAAAAAAAGAAAAUAUUGCCAUAUGAACAAGUUUAUUUGGAAAACUUACCAAAUGCAGAAAGUUAUGAGAAGAGUUAUAUGCACCGUGAUGUUAUAACCCACUUGGUUAGUACAAAAACAGAUUUCAUUAUUACGGGCAGCAUUGAUGGACAUAUAAAGUUUUGGAAGAAAAUGGAAGAAGGCAUAGAAUUUGUAAAACAUUUUCGCAGUCAUUUAUUGCCAUUACAUUCUUUGACUGCAAACGCCAGUGGGACAUUACUAUGUUCUGCAUCAGCUGAUAAGUGUGCCAAAAUAUUUGAUGUUGUUAAUUUUGAUAUGAUAAAUAUUAUAAGAUUAGGAUUUAUACCACUUACAACGGAAUGGAUACAUUCACCUGGUGAUGCUGUACACAGUUUGGCAAUUUCUGAUACAGAAAGCAAUAAAAUAUAUAUUUACGAUGGCGAAGGAAAUGGCGAAAUUCUGCACUGUUUGGAUAAAUUACAUUCAGCACCGGUAAUUGAAAUGUGCUUUAAUGUUGCAAAGGAAACAGUAAUAUCAGUGGAUAAAAAUGGUAUAUUAGAAUAUUGGCAGAAUUCAAAGAAUGACUAUGCUUUUCCACAAAAAUUGGUCAAUUUUGACUCAAAGCUAGAUACAAGCUUAUUUGAAUUUGCGAAGAGUAAGACUUUGGUAACUGGACUGGCAUGCACGCAAAAUGGCAGGCGUUUUGCUGCAAUUUCUACGGAUCGUAAAGUCAGAUUAUUUAAUUUUAAUACUGGAAAAUUGGUUAAAGUUUUCGAUGAGGCUUUAACAACAUUUACACAAAUGCAACAAACUCCACAUGCUUUACCAAAUAUGGAAUUCGGGCGAAGAAUGGCAACAGAACGUGAUUUGGAAAAAUCAGAAUUUAACACAUACAGCAAUAUAUUAUUUGAUGAUAGUGGCUACUUUUUAAUGUAUCCAACAAUGUUAGGUAUUAAAGUGCUGAAUAUAGAAACAAAUCGUUGUGUGUCGAUCUUAGGUAAAACAGAUAAUAUCCGUCCAAUACAAAUAACACUACUGCAAGGAAAGUCAAAACGUACAAAAGCUGCUAUAACAUUGGAACAAGAAGCAAGCGAUAAUCCUGCUCUACAAUCGAUGAUAACAGAUCCAACUAUAUUUUGUACUGCUUAUAAAAAACAACGGUUCUUUCUGUAUAGUCGACGAUUACCAUCGGAUCUACAAGAUGUUGACAGAGAUGUUUUUAAUGAGAAACCUUCAAAGGAAGAUAUAAUUGCUGUACCUGAGGGUCAAGAUUAUGAAGAAGGUAUGCAAAGGUUGUACGAAAAUGUUAUUUUACAUACAACAAUGGACGAAUUCGGAUUAGAUCCAAGUGGUUCACUGGAGGAACUUCGGAAAAAACUUUCAACGUUCAUGGACUCAGAGGCAGCUGAGAAAGAUACCGCCAGGCUACAGGAACUCGCGAAACUACAUAUCAGAAGCUCAUCACCGGGAGUCAUUGAAAAUAGACGUCCUUCGUUAACUAAGGGAGGAAGUUUAACCAUGGCCGAAUAUCCUGUAAUCAUCAACCAAGUCAGAAAAUGGGAAUGCCACUACUCAGGGGAACACGAAAUACUACCAUUUAUAGAACGGAUCGAGGAACUGGCAGAUAUGUACGGAAUACAUCGGGACUUAUUACCGAAGCUAAUGCCUGAAGUUCUAAAAGACAAGGCACUGAUCUGGUUCAGGAAUAACAACAAGCGAUGGACCGAGUGGCCAUCAUUCAAAGCAGAUAUUUUAGCAUUCUUCUUGCCCCCAAGAUACUUUGAACAAUUAGAGGACAAAAUACGAGCCCGCCUGCAACAACCUAGGGAACUGUUCAGAGAUUAUGUAUUGGCACUGCAGAACAUAAUGCAAUAUUCAACAUACAGUGAAGAGAUAAAAUUAGAGAGAAUCUACCGGAACAGUCGUACCGAGUAUCAAUGGUAUAUCCGUAGGAAAGACUUCCAGUCAUUAUCCGAGCUGUUAACAUUAGCUGGGGACCUGGAGGCACUGACCGCUACAGACCGUCAACAACGCAACAGCAUGGGAUUGCGUGUCCUAAUAAGGAGAAAAGUAAACAUGGCUGUGCGUAAAUUUCCACCAUCAUUAUCACCGUAUCAUAAUCAACGCAACACCAUGGAAAACCCUCCCGGCCAUCAACUAACGCCAUCACAACAAAUACAAUCCAUGCAGCAUUACAAAUUAGUAAUGCCGCGCCGUUGCUAUACUUUCUGA